AGAGUGUGGCGUUUCGAAAACGAACGAAGUGUUGCGGUCGGUUGUUGAAGAAAAUCUUCUUGUUAUUUUUAAUAAUUUAAUUAGGCAAUAAUAAAAAAAAACACAAUAUUAUUCAUUAAAUAUAAAAGUUUAAAUAAAGUGCACGUAGCUUUUUAAAGCUUAAGACAUUAUUUAAUGUUUCUGAUUUAAAAAUUCACUCAUAAAUAAUGUAAUGGUAAAAAAAAAACUCGUCUAAAGAAAGCCGUAUUAAUAUGUGAAAAAAAAGAGGUGGAGACGUCGGUAAACGAAGUAAAAUAGAGUGAAAUAAGCAUAGCAAUUACCUGAAAAGAAAAAAAUAUAUAUAAACAAAGUAAAGAAAAAUAAUGACAACCGAAGAAUUAAAAGUGGUUUUAAGACGCAGCGAACAUUCCGGUUUUGGUUUUUCUUUGCUGGGCACAACCGGCCCGCCACAUGUUAUCUACGAUAUUGUAGAAAAUUCACCGGCCGCCGACUGUGGUGCGGUUGAAGCCGGUGAUGUUAUUUUAAAGGUCAAUGGAACUGACGUACAUCGAUACACAACGAAGGAAGUAUUAAAGUGUUUACGUUUAUCAGAUGAUUUAGUUACUUUAGAACUGAAACGAGAUCCAAAAUUAAAAGCUCGCAUUAAGGAACAAUUGGCCCAAACCAAGAGUCCUCAUUAUAUUGAAACUGAAUCUCAUAAUAAUUACGAUUAUCAUAGCUCUUCACCUAUACACUCUGCCGAAGCUGCCAAAAGAUCAUCUCCAACAUUGCAACAAUACGAACAAACGCACAAUUAUCAAACGAAUUCUCCUUCGGCAACUCCCGCGCCAGUGGCCGCAAGUAGUUCAACGACGACUUCACCCGCCUCACGUUAUAGAUCGCCCUCAAAUACAACAGCGUCAACGGCGGCUUCGUCCGCAAACUUGCCUCAACGCCAUCAAAUUAACACCUCUACGUCAGCUAAUCAUAGUCGCAGUUCCUCAACUUCAUCGGCUAAAUUUCAGUUGGUAGACGGAACGCCUGCCUGUUAUGCCACGACUGCCGUUUCUCAUACCGCCACAUCGCCAACUGGUCGCCCCUCACGCAUUCCACAAGCCGUAAAAUGCCCCCAAAAGCCUAAUUCGGCUCAGCACUCGCCUCAGCAUAAGCGACCGCGUCCUUCCCAAAUUCCCACCAAAGCCGGCAUAGGUGGUGCUUGCGUUGCUGCGAACGCUGUUGCGUCAAAUAUUAACGGUAAUACGUCACAAUUAGGUUUACAGCAUUCGAACAGCUAUAGUGGCAGCAAUAGUCGAUUACAGCGCACUCAAUUAUCGGAAGAGAAAGAUUCCGAACCCAUAUCAGCUCCACCGCAACCAACAAAAGCUCCUCGCUUUGAGGCCUACAUGAUGACGGGUGAUUUAAUUUUAAAUCUCUCGCGAACACCGCAAAGCAGCAAUCUUUUGCCGGCUCAUGCCAAAAAGGUUGAUAGCCUAAGAGACUCGCCCAACCGACCGACUGCUGUAAGACCAAAUGGAGCCUUAGCACCAAAAGCCUCAGGGGAAUCGUCACCAACUUCUUCAUCGUCAGUUGACUCGCCCACGCACACAGCUAGCACCGAUUCGGGGAAUAAGUGCCGUUUACGUAAGUCCGCUCAAAUGCAAGCAAACCAUCAACAACAACAACAACAACAACAACGUGAUAGCUUUAAUAACAGUUACAAUAAUCGUAAAGAUUCGCUUACCAACGACACUUUAUUAAUGUGCGAAGAACUCGAAAGAGACGAUGAAGAGAAGGAGGGGGACGAGCAAGAAGUUGGUCAUCAAAUAUUACAGCAACGACGACAAAAGCAAUAUCAUCAACAAAAACAGCGAUAUCGCCAUCAACAACAAAUGCAGCAAAAGCAACGAAGUUACGAUUAUUAUCAAAAUGAAGAUGAGGCCGAUGAAAAUGCAGAAUACUAUGAACGACAACCUCCCGAUUAUGGAGAUGAAGAAAAUGAAGAAGAUCAAACCAACUAUGAUAUUACAAAUUUAGAGACCUAUAAUAGUGGCGGCGGUGGAGGAGCCGAUGAUGAGGCUAGCGAUCGUCAAUGUUUAAUGCAAUACGGCGACGAUGAUGAUGAUGAUGAUGUGGAUCAUGAAGAUGAGGAUUAUUCGAACAAUUCUUUAGGCUCCGCAUCAACGAAACAACGUUUGAAUGCCUUAAAACAAAAAGCUGCCUUACGUUACAAAGUCCGCGCUCAUCAAGACGCUGUCGAUUGUGCCCGAAAUCCCCGAAGUUCAGGUUCGUCAUCAUCUUCUGCCACCGUAGGGGGAGUGAUCAGUGCCGGCGGUGCUGGUGGCGGUGGCGGAGGCGGCGGUGGUGGUGCUAAUACCUCACAAGAUGAAACUUCAUUCUCAGUGCCCACGUCGCCAAUUUCCCUAUCCACUCCCCUAAUUGAUAAGGAAACUGCCAAUUCUGUACCGACCAGUCCUGAACCUUCCAAUUUAGUUGGCGGUGCCGUGGGUGUUGAUUGUAAUUCAACAGGUGUUGUGAUACGUCGCCACAAUGGCAUUGUGCGCAAAUGUGAUUCGGCUGGCUUUCGUACCAGUAAAUCAGAAGAUCAUUUACAGCAAAUACAACGCGAAGGUAUGGCUGCCGUCAUACCCAUUGAUAUAGAUGAAGAUGUUAACAGUUCACUAAACACCCUACUAGAUACACGACAAGAUUCGGAAGACUCUCAGCAGCAAUCAUCAUCAACAGCAAGUUCUUCCAAAACUAUCAUACAAAGAACAAAAUAUAAUAAUUGUAAUAAUAGCAAUAAGAAUAGCAAGAACAACAAAACCAAAAAUAACAACAAGAACAACAAUAACAACAACAGCAGUAAUUGUUUGAAUAUAAAUAAUAAGAAAAUUGCCUCGAAUCAACUCUGCGCUUCACCGGAAGCCCAUAGUCAACGCGAUAUAUUCAAUAAGCGACGUCGUAAAGUGCGUAUUAUUAUAACGUCAACGCCAACGCCAACGCCAAUCUCAACUUUAGCUACAACUUUACCGGUAACUGCAGCGUUAACAACAACAUCAUCAUCGAUAAUAGCAAGCACUGGAUGGGAGUCAACAUCAGUUAUAACCACUGCUGCUAUAAUGGAAUCGUCCCCGGACAUGGCAGCAAUACCAAUAACAGCAGCAAUAACAACGACAACGACAACAACAGCAGCAACUAUUACUACUAUCUCUACAAGUUUACAAACUUAUGCUACCACAAACUCUUUGUGCUUACAAAAGGCUUCGAAUCGUGAUCGUAUAGUUUGGACUUAUAACGCUCCAUUGCAACCACAUCAAUUGGCUGCAUUGCAACAACAACAACAACAACAGUAUUCUAAUACCAGCUAUAGCCAUCAUGUCGGUAUCAAUAAUUCGCAUCACAAUUCGUAUUCAAGUUCAAUAAGUUCAUCACCUCAAAAUUCGGUUGGUAGUCCCGCUUCGCCCACUUCUGUUUCCAGUUCGGUUAUGUCUUCGUCGGGUUCAAAAGGUGCCCUUGGUAUAGGCAGCAAUUUUAGUCAUAAUAAUGGACAUUUGCAGCAUCAACAGCAACAACAACAUCAACAACAACACUAUCAACAACAUGUGAUUGUUAGUAAUGGCGGUGUCACCUCUUCAACGCCCACUGGUACGAUAGUAACAAAUAAUAUGGGUUUAUUGCAAUGUCCUAACGGCAAUAAUAGUGGUGGUGGUAGUAGCAGUAACGUAGUUACUGCUAGUGGUGGUGGUGGUGGUGGUGAUCAUAGUGUUUCUGAAGCUAUAUCAAAUAUUUCUAGUCCUGAUUAUCAGGACGAUGAUAAUUUAUUAAGUUCUCGUGAUCUUUUAGGCGGUAUGGUACUUAGUGAUCCCAGUGAUUCGGACUCAACAAUAUUGGUAUCGGAUGCGGCUGUGCAGCGUCAACAACAAAGACAACAACAAAAAUCAUCAGAGCAUAAAGUAGUUAUACAAGUACGAGGCGCUGACAGUGUAACAACCAAUGCCAAUAGUAAUCAUAACAAUAAUAACAAUAAUAAUAAUAAUAACGGUACUACGGGCAAAUCAUUAUAUUCGGAAUUGAAAGAUUCCGAAGAUGAUUUGGCGACAUUAACAGAAGAUGUACCGUUGGCCACCACACUCGGCAAUGCCAUCGCGAGCACAAACGAAGUACGCGACUCUUCGCCACCUGUUUCGGACGAUGGCAGCGAUGUGGAAUCCCUGCAUUCGUAUCAUUAUUCACCCAAGGCUGUAGAUAUGCCAUCGGCUAUACGUUUGGCUAAAAGACUGUAUUCACUUGAUGGUUUCAAAAAGAGUGAUGUCUCCAGGCAUCUUAGUAAAAACAAUGAUUUCAGUCGUGCGGUAGCUGAUGAAUACUUGAAAUAUUUCACAUUUGAGCAAAAGACUUUAGAUCUAUCGUUGCGUGAAUUUUUGCAACAAUUUUCGUUAUCAGGCGAAACGCAAGAACGUGAACGCGUGUUAGUACAUUUUUCUAAACGUUAUUUAGAUUGUAAUCCGGGCUCUUUUAAUUCUCAAGAUGCCGUACAUACGUUAACCUGUGCUAUAAUGUUAUUGAACACGGACUUACAUGGUCAGAAUAUUGGCCGGAAAAUGACUUGUUCCGAAUUUAUUGAAAAUUUAGCUGAACUGAAUGAUGGCGAUAACUUUCCGAAGGAAGUGCUCAAAUAUUUAUACCAGGCAAUCAAAACACAGCCUUUGGAAUGGGCGCUCGAUGACGAUGCGGUUGACUUGCAAAAGCAAUUAACUGAAAGCAAACAAAGCAUUUUAACCUCUGGUGGUCUUAUAGGACAAAAUCCAUUCCUUGAUCUUCCCGAAUCAUCGGCGGCUGUUGAAUAUAAAAAAGGCUACGUUAUGCGUAAAUGCUGUUACGAUGCUAACUACAAAAAGACUCCUUUCGGAAAACGUUCUUGGAAAAUGUUUUAUUGUACACUCAGGGAUUUGGUAUUAUAUUUGCAUAAAGAUGAGCAUGGUUUUCGUAAAAGUCAAAUGUCUGACAAUCUUCAUAAUGCCAUUAGAAUUCAUCAUGCUCUGGCUACUAAGGCGUCUGAUUAUACCAAAAAACAACAUGUAUUUCGUUUACAAACCGCCGAUCAGGCUGAAUAUCUCUUUCAAACAAGCGAUUCUAAGGAGCUGCAAUCGUGGGUAGAGACUAUUAAUUUUGUAUGCGCGGCCUAUUCUGCACCACCUUUGGAGGGCGGUGUAGGUAGCCAGAAACGUUUUCAGCGUCCUUUGCUGCCCAGUACACAUACCAAGCUGUUAAUGAAAGAGCAGUUGGAGUCACAUGAACAGCAAUUGGAUCAGUUGGAGAAUUCGUUGAUGGAACAUCGCAAAGGACCGAUACCUAGUAAAGGUUUGGCUUUACAGAAUUACAAAGAAAAAGAGAAUUAUUUGCAAUAUGAGUUACGUCGGUAUAAGGCGUAUGUAUCCAUUUUGAGUGCUAAAUUAUUAGCUGAUCAGCAACAAAUGGAAUUGCAACAACAACAACAGCAACAGCAGCAGCAGCAACAGCAAACAAAUCCAUUAGAUGAGGACUCCGAUAAAUUUCCUAAACGACUGCAACCGCAAUCUUCAGUAACCGUUACCACAAAUAGUAUUAUAACCACGCAACAACAAACUUUACAGCAACAGCAACAGCAACAGCAAUCACCAACAACAACACAGCAUCAAACUACUGGAAACAGGUAUAGUUAUCGUGCUGCCAUUUACCGUUCAGAUCGAACUGAACAGCAGCAAGAUCUUGGCUGACGUGUAAUGGGAGUUUUCUCAGCUUGUGUGGUCUAAUUGUUGUUUUUCUUUUGCUCUUAUUUUUAUUAUUAUCGACUUUUUCAUUUUCAGUAAACUGUGAACAUAUC